CCUGAUAGCACUGGCUACAUUGGGAAUAAUCCUUUUUUUCCUUCUGUUGAUUUGUAUUUUCUCCGUGUGUAUCAAAGGAAAAUCAGGAAAUACUUCAGGCAUGAGAUUUAUGCCACAAAAAGCAACUAAUGGAGGAAAUGGAAAUACUUUGGACAGGAGGGCGAUGAUUCAAGAUACUAGCUCCGAAGACAGUAGAUCUGACACGAAUGAAAGUGUCCCAUAUAUUGAGGAACAAUCAAAGAAACCAAAAACUGCCCUAAAAAAGUUUUCUAAAAUAUCAUUGCAAAUUUCGGAAGACGUGGAAAACGGCGAUAGUAACAAUAUAUCCUUCGUGGAUCAAAGAGACCGAUCCCUUACUGUGAUGAUUCCCAGAGCUAAGUACCAUCCUGCUUCUGCAACAUCUCCUCUGAUGAAUUACACCACAUUUGAUGCCAGAAAACCAUCAGUUCCAUCCACUAUAAAUGAAACAAAGCUGUUGAGUUACUUGGACGCUGGACCAUCUCCAAGUAAGUCCGAACCCAUCAGAAAAGUCAGCAAAACACCUACCGACACCAUUAUUGAAGAAAAACCAAACUCUCGUAAAACUUCCGGAGCGCUAAUUUCAGCUGGAUUUGAAGUGUCUGCCACAGUUGUCAACAAUAUGGGCACUUUGGGAACCACCUGUGGUACGGAAGCUGAUAGAAGUGAAAAUGCAACUUUGAUUCACAGAAUAAGUACCGAUCUCUUAUCGAGCACUGGCACCAGAUCCCAAUUCAAUACACUGAGAAAAUCACUUGUGUAAGUUGAUUUUGAUUAAACUUUUCACUUA